AUGGCUGCUCACUUAUCUUACGGAAGAGUAAAUCUGAACAUUUUGAGAGAGGCUGCAAGAAAAGAGCUUCGCGAAUUUUUGGACAAAUGUGCAGGCACUAAGGCUAUUGUGUGGGACGAAUAUCUGACCGGGCCGUUUGGUUUAAUUGCUCAGUACUCGUUGCUAAAGGAACAUGAAGUGGAUAAAAUGUUCACUCUGAAGGCAGGGCGUGUUCCGCCGGCUGAUGUCAAAAACAUAAUUUUCUUCGUUCGGCCAAGACUGGAACUGAUGGAUAUCAUAGCAGAAAAUGUGUUGAGUGAGGACAAACAGCAGUUACGGGAAUUCCACAUCCUCUUUGUUCCGCGGCGGAGUUUACUGUGUGAGCAGCGACUGAAGGAACAGGGAGUUUUGGGAUGUUUCACCAACAUUGAUGAGUACAUACUGGACCUGAUUCCUUAUGAUGGAGACCUGCUGUCUAUGGAGUCAGAAACUGCCUUUAGGGAGUGUUACCUGGAGAAUGAUCAGACGAGUUUGUUCCACACGGCGAAGGGACUGAUGACGCUGCAGGCUCUGUAUGGGACCAUUCCACAGAUUUUUGGGAAGGGAGAGUGUGCCAGGCAUGUGGCUAAUAUGAUGUUGCGGAUGAAGAGGGAGUUUGGGGGGAGCCAGAGCCAAAUCCUUCCUGUGUUUGACACCCUGUUACUGCUGGACCGUAACGUUGACCUCCUGACCCCUCUGGCCACACAGCUGACAUAUGAAGGCUUGAUUGAUGAAAUCUAUGGCAUCACUAACGGGUAUGUGAAACUUCCACCAGAGAAGUUCUGUCAGAAGAAGCAGGGUGAAGGGGGGAAGGAUUUACCAACGGAGCCCAAAAAACUGCAGCUGAACUCAGCCGAGGAGCUUUAUGCAGAGAUACGAGACAAGAACUUUAACGCUGUGGGCGCCGCACUCAGCAGGAAGGCGAAAAUCAUCUCAGCUGCUUUUGAGGAGCGACACAAUGCUAAGACAGUGGGAGAGAUCAAACAGUUCGUAUCCCAGUUACCCCACAUGCAGGCUGCUCGCAGUUCGUUGGCCAAUCACACGUCCAUCGCUGAGCUCAUCAAAGACAUCACUACAUCAGACGUUUUCUUUGACAACCUGACUGUUGAGCAGGAGUUCAUGACCGGGGUGGACACAGACAAGGUGAACACAUAUAUUGAGGACUGCAUUGCUCAGAAAGACCCACUCAUAAAAAUCCUGCGGCUUGUCUGCAUGCAGUCGGUCUGCAACAACGGCCUCAAACAGAAAGUUCUGGACCAUUAUAAAAGAGAGAUCCUACAGACAUAUGGCUAUGAGCACAUCCUCACACUAACCAACCUGGAGAAAGCAGGACUGCUAAAGCCUCAGACCACAACCAGGAACAACUACCCCACCAUCAGAAAGACCCUCAAACUGUGGAUGGAGGAUGCCAAUGAACAGAACCCAAAUGACAUCUCGUACGUGUACAGUGGGUACGCCCCGCUGAGCGUUCGUCUGGCCCAGGUGUUGGCGCGGCCUGGCUGGCGCAGCAUAGAGGAGGUUCUGAAGAUGCUACCAGGGCCUCAUUUUGAGGAGAGACAACAGCUGCCCACUGGGCUCCACAAGAAACGUCAGCAGGGAGAGAACCGGACAACGCUGGUGUUUUUCCUGGGCGGGGUCACGUAUGCUGAGAUUGCAGCUCUGCGCUUCCUGUCUCAGAUGGAGGACAGCGGGACAGAGUACAUCAUUGCCACUACAAAACUCCUCAACGGAACAAGCUGGAUCCGCUCGCUCAUGGACCGCCCAGACAAUCAGUCCUGAACCCCUGGCCCCGCCUCCCUGGCCCCGCCUCUCUCAUCCUCCCACAAUGAAAAUGAAAGAGUGUAGUGUGGUCAUGCUUUCACUGAUCCAGCUCAGCAGACUCUACUAGUCUGACCACACACACACUGUGAGAGU